AUGUUCGCCUCUUCUAUUCGCUCGGUCUGUCGCAAUGGCCCAACUGUGGCCCGCGGCUUCAGCUCUACAAGCGUGGCCAGCGCUGCCGAGGUUAAGUCUCUCGGUGUCAUUGGUGCCGGUCAAAUGGGCCUUGGAAUUGCUCUAGUCGCCGCGCAGAGGGCUCAAGUCCCCGUGACUCUGAUUGACACUUCACAAGCAUCAUUGGACAAGGGUCUCAAGUUCGCUGAUAAGCUCCUCGAGAAGGAUGUCUCGAAGCAGCGUAUUACCCGAGAAGCCGCCGAUGCGGCCCGCGGCCUUCUUACGGCCAGCACCAAGAUGGACGACCUGUCCUCAGUCGACUUUGUGAUCGAGGCCGUUCCCGAAAUCGUCGACCUCAAGCAGAAGAUCUUCACCAACCUCGCCCAAAUUGCGCCCAAGCAUGCGAUUCUGGCUACCAAUACGUCCUCCAUCUCCAUCACCAAGAUUGCGGCCGCUACUACCGCAGACCCGACGGAUCUGCAAGCCCCAUCACGAGUGAUCUCGACCCACUUCAUGAACCCUGUUCCUAUCCAGAAGGGUGUCGAGAUCAUCCGUGGUCUGCAGACUUCUCAGGAGACCAUGGAUACUGCAAUUGCGUUUGUCCAACGCAUGGGCAAGGUAGCCUCCGUCUCCGCCGACUCGCCCGGCUUCCUCGCCAACCGUAUCCUGAUGCCCUACAUUAACGAAGCAGUCAUCUGCCUUGAGACUGGCGUUGGUGGCCGUGAUGAUAUUGACAACAUCAUGAAGACCGGUACCAAUGUCCCCAUGGGCCCCCUGGUCCUCGCGGAUUUCAUCGGUCUUGAUACCUGCCUUGCAAUCAUGAAUGUCCUACACCAGGAAACCGGUGACAGCAAGUACAGACCCUCUGGUCUUCUCCGCCGCAUGGUGGAUGCUGGCUGGCUUGGAAAGAAAUCCGGUAAGGGCUUCUACGAUUACUGA